GAGCCGCCCUAAGCUUGAAGCGCACGGAGCUGUCCGUUCAGCACCACCGCGCGGCUCGGGGCUCUGGGCCCACCGCAAGGCGCACGGGCUCGGUUCCCACCCCCGAUCCGCGGGCGCCUGCGGCGUGGGCUCCUGCCUCUCUUGGCGGGUGAGGGGCGCGCGAAUCGGAAGAGGGGGGAUCCACGAGCGUCGGGGCCACGCAGCCACCUGUGAGCCUUUCGCGGCUGCAGGCGGCGGUGUGUGGGGCCCGAGACUGAAAGGAGGCGCACGGCGGACCCCGCCUGCCCGGUGGCGGGGCACACACACAGGCGCACACAUCCACAUCCUCGCACCCGCGCGCACUCGCGCAGGCAGCCGGCUGUGGCCACCGUGGUGAUGCUCGCCAGCAGAUCGGGGAAGUUUCCCGCCGGCCUCGGCCGCGGGCGCCUGUGCACCCAGGUGUAGCGCCCCCGCGCGGACCGGGCUUCUGGGCAUCUCCAGCAUGACCCGCCAGAGCCUGUGGGACGUGUCCGAGGCCGACGUCGAGGAUGGAGAGAUCCGCAUCAAUGUGGGCGGCUUCAAGAGACGGCUGCGUUCCCACACGCUGCUGCGCUUCCCUGAGACGCGCCUGGGCCGUCUGCUUCUCUGCCACUCGCGAGAGGCAAUUCUGGAACUCUGCGAUGACUACGACGACGUCCAACGUGAGUUCUACUUCGACCGUAACCCUGAGCUCUUCCCCUAUGUCUUGCAUUUCUACCACACGGGCAAGCUUCACGUCAUGGCUGAGUUGUGCGUCUUCUCCUUCAGCCAGGAGAUCGAGUACUGGGGUAUCAAUGAGUUCUUUAUCGACUCUUGCUGCAGCUAUAGCUAUCACGGCCGCAAAGUGGAACCUGAGCAGGAGAAAUGGGACGAACAGAGCGACCAGGAGAGCACCACGUCCUCCUUUGACGAGAUUUUGGCUUUCUAUAACGACGCUUCCAAGUUCGAUGGGCAACCCCUGGGCAACUUCCGCAGGCAGCUGUGGCUGGCAUUGGACAACCCGGGCUACUCAGUCCUCAGCAGGGUCUUCAGCGUCCUCUCCAUCUUGGUGGUGUUGGGAUCGAUCAUCACCAUGUGCCUCAAUAGCCUGCCCGACUUCCAAAUCCCCGAUGGCCAGGGCAACCCUGGCGAGGACCCCAGGUUCGAAAUCGUGGAGCACUUCGGCAUCGCCUGGUUUACAUUCGAGCUGGUGGCCAGGUUUGCUGUGGCCCCUGACUUUCUCAAGUUCUUCAAGAAUGCUCUAAACCUUAUCGAUCUCAUGUCUAUUGUUCCCUUCUACAUUACUCUAGUGGUGAACCUGGUGGUGGAGAGUUCCCCUACCUUGGCUAACUUGGGCAGGGUGGCUCAGGUCCUGAGGCUGAUGAGGAUCUUCCGAAUUCUCAAGCUGGCCAGACACUCCACUGGCCUCCGCUCCUUGGGAGCCACCCUGAAAUACAGCUACAAGGAAGUGGGGCUGCUCUUGCUCUACCUCUCGGUGGGGAUUUCCAUCUUCUCUGUGGUGGCCUACACCAUUGAAAAAGAGGAGAACGAGGGCCUGGCUACCAUCCCCGCUUGCUGGUGGUGGGCUACCGUCAGUAUGACCACCGUCGGGUAUGGAGAUGUGGUCCCUGGGACCACAGCCGGGAAGCUCACUGCCUCUGCCUGCAUCUUGGCAGGCAUCCUGGUGGUGGUAUUGCCCAUCACCUUGAUCUUCAAUAAGUUUUCCCACUUUUACCGGCGCCAAAAGCAACUCGAGAGUGCCAUGCGUAGCUGUGACUUUGGAGAUGGAUUGAAGGAGGUCCCCUCGGUCAACUUAAGGGACUACUAUGCCCAUAAAGUUAAAUCCCUCAUGGCAAGCCUGACAAACAUGAGCAGGAGUUCACCCAGUGAACUGAGUUUAGAUGAUUCUCUACACUAGUUGGGAUGAUUUGUGAUCGCCAGACAUACCUUGCCGAUCCGCCUCUUGUGCCUUUGGCACAAUCCAGGCACCGUAGGGUUAGGACAUAAAGAGUUAUCCUGACCCUAGAGGGAGAGCUGCAUGGGAUAUGAGCCCUAGGUUGCUUUUGCAAUGUUCAGAGUCAUUUUUUUAGAGGAUGGUGUGUCAAACACCAAGCCUUUGCACCUUUCAAUGAAGUGACACUCACUGGUCUUUGCAUUAUGGGCAUAAAAUGUUCAUCUUUCUGCCAGAUGAGUAUAUAGAAUGACGAUCUCUCUGUCCAAUGUGUACACUAUUCUAGUCUUGAUGCCCCAGUAUCACCUGUGAGUAGAGUUUUCUGUGCUCCCAUUUCUGCGGUUGUUUGUGUGAACUCUAUACAAAAAGCCCCGGCAAGUCUGUCCGGUGGAAACACAUCUGUCUAUGGGGUCAGCAAGGAUUAUCAUGAGAUUCGGAUCACAACCUUGUGAAAACAGAAUCUCAAUUAUUUAUCCAUUGCUUUCCCCUAAUUUCCAUACCAAAACAGAAAGAUUGCAAAGCUAAGCACACUUAACUAAUGCAAGUAAUGCAAGUCUUCUUUUUCCUCGGUUCCGUCCUUGUGAUGUGCAUGGAUAUGCUAGUCAGUCUUUAGAAAGAUGUGUAUUGAUGUGUCUCUCCUAAGUGUCAGUAUAAGAGAAUGUUAUUCAGUCCACAUGUAGUAAACACUGAAUGUUUUUUUCCUAAACAGAUAGAUUAGGGACAGGGACUUUAGCUAAACAUGGGCCAAACCCUAGGAUGCUAUAAACAGACUUUAUAUAGGCUAAACCUUUUCAUUGACAGUCAGGCCUCUAUUUUUCCUGAAGGAAUCAUAGAGACCUUUAUUUCUGGCCAAGAUUACUAAUCCAGGCCAUUUUGACCAAAGUUUUCUGUGUCUUGGUAUUAGCAUGUUUUUUUCAAGUAUUUCUUUUUAAAGAUGUUUAGGAAUAAGGUCGUGUGUCUUUCUCAACUAGAAGAGGUUAGUGUUGCCUUGUCAUUGUGAGGUGAGCAUCGUUAGGUUGCUAGCAAGGGCAGUAGCUUAAACAUUUUCUUGCCUGCUCUGAAAGCUCGUCAUAAUAGGACAGCCCUUUUAACUUCAAGCAGAAUUCUCUUUAGGUAGCUCUGCUUCUAGGACACAGGAUAGUACGUAGACAUUUUGAUUGCCUUGAGCUCCUGCCGUGCCGUGGAAGCCCGGUAGUGCAGAAGAGUAUUCAAAAUACAGAUGUGUGUGAAGACAGUGUGGCUUACCCAAGGUGGAAACGCUGGAGUUCUUAUUUUCAUUGCAAUUGCAGGGUUUUCUUGUGGGAAGGCCAGAAGAAAAGAAAGAGUUAUAAAGCCAAAAACUACUACUUCAUAAAAUAUAAAUGACUGUGAAUUUCUUGAAAAAGCUUAAACCUUUCGACCACUAAGCUUUGUUGAAGGGUUAGCACUAUUUCCUUUCCCAAUGUGUUCCUCCUCUGCAGAUAGUCAGCAUAGAUGCUAUGAAGGGGAAGCUGGGCCCCCUUUUAAGAUAAUUCUUUCUCAUCAUCCUUUACAUAACCCAAUGGUUUUCCAGUGGCUUUCGUUAUUGUUAAGUCUUUGGCAAGGCUGUAAGAAUCUACGACCUAAAUAAGGAGAUAAAUGGGCUUUUUUUAUCCAAAGUUUGGACCUACUCUCAAUUGGUCCAUUUUGUGUUUUAGUCGGGUAAGGAUAAUCCACACCUUACGGGGUAUGGAGUGGAUCGCCUCAGAGGGCUUUGUGUACUAGUGUUGUCAUGGCUACAACAGUGUGGGUGAUUUGUUGGGUGAAUGCACUGGCCACUUGAUGUCCUUGAGCCUCCAGUUCAAAUCUUUCAUCAGGUUGGAGUUUCAUGAAGGGCAGAGGGAGGCAACCUCUUAGUGCCUCCAUGUAGACACACCUACGUGUGUGAUUCCAAAGCAGCAAGGAUGUGAGAUGAGAUGACUUACAGGGCCCUGCCAAGGAGACAGAAGACAGGGUUGUUGGCACACGGAACUCUUCAGUCCUGGAAGAUGCACUGAAGGCAGGUGAUAGCAUAAGCCUGUGAGGACCGUUCCGUCUGCUGAGGCUGAUGGCACAAGGUCACGGCAUGGUAUCCACAUGAUAUCCAUGGUCACUGACCAUGAAGCCGAGGCAAAGGAGAAAUGAGGCAAGAGGCCUGCUAACUUAGCCACUCCAGUAAGGAUUUUCCUAAACAAGUGGGUUUACCACCGAAAAAGAGAUACCUCUAGUGGGUACCUACAAGGGUACGAAAGCUGGAAAACUUGACUUUGCUUUUUGGUAAUGACUUGUUUUAUCUGGUGCCUUUCUUUGGGGGAAUCCCAAAGUGCUUUAGAGACUUUCUUUUUUUUAAACAUUUCUUGUAUAUAUAUAUACAUGUAUGUAUACUUGUAAAAAAUAUUUCUUUGCCCACCGAGACUUUUAGUCACCUCUGAACUGAAAAGGUCCCAUUGGCAUCAAGUUCUCCAAGCAGAGGUUUCGGAGACCUCGAGAGAGGGCACCCCAACUGAUGGGGUCACUGCAGUGAAUUCCCCUAGAAAGUGAAUAGUGAUGCCAGGGACUCCGGGACACCGAGGUGCGACGUUCACAGGUGCUGGCUCAGAAGCAAAGCCUCUGAUUGGCCAUGUUAGAUAACGCCCCCACAGCAGCAGUUUCUCUUGGUAACCAGGGCAGGGCAGAUUAAUUCUCUGUCCUGUCUCUGGGAACAAAGGCUACAAAGAUGAAGUGUCCCCAUAAGACUGUCAAGGUGACCAAUGAUCAAUCCUUCCUUGGCGGGACACACACACGCACACAUGCACAUGCGCACACACACACGCGCAAACACACACAUGC